UCUAAGCGGUAUAUCCUCUCUCUCUCCCGCCGCGUCCCCGACGAACCCUAACCACAGCCAUGGCCCCCGCCGCUGCCGCUGUCGCCGACGACGAGGACGACUACGAGGAGUACAUCCCCGUCUCCAAGCGCAGGGCCACGGAUGCCGUUCGUUUCCGCCUCGCCGCGCCCCUCCCGCCGCCUCCACCCCUAUCGACCGGCGACAAGACCAGCCUCCUCGUCACGCACGCGCAGAGCAAGCACUCCGCCCCGGAGCUCACCGCCACGGAGCGGCUCAUCCAACAGGAGAAGGAGCUGCUCGAGGACCUCUCCUCCACCGCUAAGCCGCUGGUGCCCGUGGGGCAGGCCGCCAGGGGCAUCACCUACACCUCACCGCUCCGCACGGGCUGGAAGCCGCCGCUGCGGCUCCGCCGCAUGCCGCGCGCCGAGGCCGACGAGCUCCGCCGCAGGUGGCACAUCCUCGUCGAGGGCGACGACGGUCUCGUGCCGCCGCCCGCCCGCGACUUCCGCCGCGACCUCAGGCUCCCGGACCCCGUCCUGCGCGUGCUCCGCGACAAGGGCAUCGUGCGGCCCACGCCCAUCCAGGUGCAGGGCCUCCCCGUCGCGCUCUCCGGCCGCGACAUGAUCGGCAUCGCCUUCACCGGCUCCGGGAAGACGCUCGUAUUCGUGCUGCCGCUCGUCAUGCUCGCGCUGCAGGAGGAGACGCUCAUGCCCGUUGUGCCCGGGGAGGGCCCGUUCGGGAUGGUCAUCUGCCCGUCCAGGGAGCUCGCCAAGCAGACGUACGAUGUCAUCGAGACGUUCCUCGCUCCCCUCAGGCAGGCUGGCUUCCCGGAGAUUCGGCCGAUGCUUUGCAUUGGGGGUGUUGACAUGAGGACGCAGCUCGAUGUGCUCAACAAGGGCGUGCAUAUCGUGGUUGCCACGCCUGGACGCCUCAAGGAUCUUCUUGCAAAAAAGAAGAUGAACCUCGACAAUUGCAGGUAUUUAACAUUAGAUGAAGCUGACAGGCUUGUUGAUCUGGGAUUUGAGGAUGACAUUCGGGAGGUUAUUGACCAUUUGAAGUCCCAAAGGCAGACUCUUCUUUUCUCUGCCACUAUGCCCGAGAAGAUUCAGAAUUUUGCAAAGAGUGCCCUUGUGAAGCCGGUUACUGUCAAUGUUGGAAGAGCUGGAGCAGCAAAUCUCGAUGUCAUCCAAGAAGUUGAGUACGUCAAGGAAGAAGCCAGAAUUAUAUACCUCCUCGAAUGCCUCCAGAAGACUCCACCUCCUGUUCUUAUAUUUUGUGAAAACAAAACUGAUGUCGACUACAUCCAUGAGUAUCUUCUUCUGAAGGGUGUGGAAGCUGUUGCGAUCCACGGGGGAAAAGAUCAGGAGGAAAGACAGAAUGCUAUUGAGUUCUUUAAGAGUGGAAAGAAGGAUGUCUUGGUAGGUACUGAUGUCGCCUCAAAGGGUCUCGAUUUCCCUGAUAUUCAGCAUGUGAUCAACUACGACAUGCCUGCCGAGAUUGAGAACUAUGUCCACAGGAUCGGUCGAACGGGUCGAUGUGGAAAAACUGGAGUAGCGACAACAUUCAUCAACAGGAACCAGACAGAGACCACGCUUCUUGACCUCAAGCACUUGCUCAAGGAAGCGAAGCAGAGAAUACCACCAGUGCUUGCUGAGCUCGUCGACCCGCUGGCGGAUGCUGAGGCUAUUGCCCAGGAGAGUGGCGUUAAGGGAUGUCAAACCUGUGGUGGCCUUGGGCAUCGUAUCGCCGAUUGUCCAAAGCGGGAGCGGCAGAACUCCAUGGCCAUGGCUGCCUCCAGAAGAGAUCAGUAUGGUGGUGGAGGUUACCGAGGAGAAAUGUGAUGACCUUGUGUUUGUUUCUCUGUUUAUGUAUAGAUAGAAAAAAGGUUUAGUGAUUACAUUGUGUCAAAUGAAUAAUUAUUCAAAAGAGAAUUUGCUUCCACGUAUCUAAAACAAAAUGUACUAGGGUUGUGGGAUAAAUGCCGCGUGCCUGUACAUAGUGCAAGAAACAACGCAUGGUGAUACUGAUAAUUGGCAUA